UUAAAAGCGGCAAUCGAACACCUCACACUCGAUCGUCUACAUACUGUACUCUACAAAGCCCUUGACGAAUCGCCAAAAGCUCGUUCAGUGUUCGAGAGAGAACUCUUGGCCCCACUAUCUCCUGAUCACAAUGACGACAAAGAAGAAGAGAUAGUAGCAAAGAAGAAGUCGGGAAGAAAAAGACCACGGUUCGAGUUGUGUAGAUGGUGCAAAGAAGAAUUCGACGUCACAAGUAAUCCUGAAGACGCCUGUCACCGUCACACAGGCGAGUUGAUACCUGUUAAGCGCUCCCGAAGAGCUCAUGACAUAACAGAAGAUCUCCCAACCGAUAGGGUUGAGAAUCGAGUGAACAAUGCCGAGGGCUUUGUGUGGGACUGCUGUUGGGCAUAUGGCGACGGUGAUGGCUGUAGGACUACUGCCCAUGAGAUUGACGAUGAUCAUGACCCAAAGAAAUCUAAGCGA